UCCUUGUCUGAACCAACGUUUUUUCAAUCUUCUCUGGUUGCUGUUCAGCUUCGUUGCUUCGCAGGAGGUGUAGAGAUUGCUCGCGUCGCUUCUUUGGCUCCUUCGUGGCUGUUCGGCUUUGCUCCUUCGACGACUUUCUCUUCCUGUGUCGGAUAGAAAGUUACGACAUUUUUAUCGGAAGCAGCAAGGGGAGCUCGCUGGCUGUGAAGCCCCGAAGUGUUUAUUAUUCUCUGUCUCGACGCGACUUAAAGGAUCAGAGCGGAACGCCAUUCUUCUUCCCACGACUCCAAACUUCAAAUUCGACCCAACCGACGAGCUCAUUUUUGGGGCGUUCCGUCUCCUUGGGCGAGAGCAAGUUUUAUUACUUCCUGGGACGAAGAAAGCUCAAUGGAUACUGACGUAUCACUGAAACCUGUAAGCUUUUGGGCUCAGUUGAAUGCACUCAUGAGGAAGAACCUAACCUUCCAGAGAAGAAACAUCAGAACAAAUCUGGGACUUAUUAUCAUCCCACUCUUGCUGUGCUUGUUGUUGUUUAGCAUUCAAAAACUAGCUGCAAUAAUUGCAGUUGAACCUGAGAUACAUUGUGAUUGUGGUGAAUGCAUCGAUGAUGAAAGUCAAGAAUCUUGUGAUAAAAAAUGCUCUAAUGUCUUUGAUAUGAUAGUAGGCAAGUCUACAUAUUGCCCAGAACCACACCCACCACAGUUGCCAGUUCUAUUUCAGAUACCAAUGACUCAGUUUCGUGCAACUAAAAGAAGCAGCUCGCCUGCUUCUUCAAAUUACAAUUCCGGCCUGCCAGAUAAUUCUUGUCGAAAAAAUGGAUCUUGUCCUGUAACCAUACUCAUCACUGGGCAAAACCGCACUUUUGCAAAGAACAUAGGGAAAAAUCUUUUUGGAAGCAAAACUUUGGAGAACCCUUCAGAUUCUGUGAACCCUCUAGUCGUGGCAUCUGAAUUUAUGCUGGGAACAACUGCAUUUCCUCCAAGCACAUUUUACUUCGAACCAGCUUUCAUGAUGCUUAGUCCACCUCUUUACAUUAUUCAUCCCAAAUGCAGUUCAAACAUAUCAUUUCCUGUCUCAAUCAAGAUGGGUGGGCUUUCUCUUUCGCAAGAUGUAAAGUGUGUGGAUGGACUCUCCCUUUGGCGUGAAAAUUCUUCAGUUAUAAACAAAGAGUUAUCUAUGGGUUACCAAAUGGGGAACCCCAACCGUAGAAUUGAUGAAAUACUUGCAGCUUAUGAUUUCUCCAACACUAACAGCAAUAUUUUCAAUGUCACCAUAUGGCAUAACGAGACUUACAAGAACACUGGGCCUCUCCUUCGAAUUUCUCGUGCUUCAAAUGCGGCUGCAAAUGCAUAUCUUCAAUUUUUCAAAGGAGAUAAUGUGAAGAUGCUGCUUGAAUUCGUCAAAGAAAUGCCUAAAGGUGCAACAAAACCAGGCAUCAUAAAUGUUUCUACUCUUCUUAGCCCCUUGUUUUUCACAUGGGUCAUUGAGCUGCUUUUUCCGGUAAUGUUGACUUAUCUUGUUCAUGAAAAGCAAAAUAAUAUGCGAAUGAUGAUGAAAAUGCAUGGCCUUGGUGAUCUUCCAUACUGGAUAAUUUCCUAUGCAUAUUUUUUAUUGUUGUCAGCAUCUUACAUGUUAUGUUUCAGCUUGUUUGGUUCCCUAAUUGGCAUAAAAAUAUUCACCUUAAAUAAGUACAGUCUCCAGUUCGUGUUCUACUUUGUAUGCAUCAAUUUGCAGAUUUCUCUAGCAAUUUCAUCCUCUGCACUGUUCUCAAGGGUGAAAACUGCUACAGUAGUUGGAUACUUGUAUGUAUUUAUCUCAGGCCUUCUAGGAUCAUCCAUUUUUGAGCGCUUUGUUGAAGAUGCCUCCUAUCCAAGAGAACUACUUGAGGUUAUGGAGAUUUUCCCAGGCUUUUCCCUAUACCGUGGUUUUUAUGAACUUGCUCAAUAUUCUCUUCGUGUGGAAUCUCUUGGAGCACCUCAUGUGGGUUGGAAGGACAUUAAUAAUGACAAGCAAGGGAUGCGUGCUGUUUUGAUCAUCAUGAUUGUAGAAUGGGCAACACUCGUACUGCUUGCAUAUUACUUGGAUCAAGUUGUUUCAAAUGGUAAGGGAGUUCGAAAACAUCCACUUUGGUUUUUAUCAAAGUUUCAGGGGAAGACAAAUAGAAAUAAGCAAAGACAAGGAUAUGAUAUUCUCAUUAAUAUGGAUAAACCAGAUGUUGCUCAAGAGAGAGAAAUAGUUGAAAAGUUGAUACAAGAACCCUCUAAAAUCCAGGCCGUUCUAUGUGACAACUUAAGAAAGGUGUACCCAGGAAGUGAUGGAAAUCCAGAUAAACACGCAGUUCGGGGCCUAUCACUGGCUAUUUCUCAAAGGGAAUGCUUUGGCAUGCUUGGCCCUAAUGGUGCAGGCAAGACUUCUUUUAUAAACAUGAUGACUGGGCUCUCAAGGCCCACUUCAGGCACAGCAUUAGUUCAAGGAAUAGAUAUCAGCAAGGAUAUGGACAAAGUGCAUUAUUUGAUGGGUGUAUGCCCACAACAUGAUUUGACCUGGGACAGUUUAACUGGAAGAGAACACCUACUAUUUUAUGGUAGAUUGAAGAAUCUUAAAGGAGAUCUAUUGAUGCAGGCAGUUGAUGAAUCCUUACAUUCAGUCAAUCUAUUAGACAAAGGUGUAGCUGACAAGCUAGUUGGACAAUAUAGUGGCGGCAUGAAGAGAAGGCUCAGUGUAGCCAUAUCACUCAUUGGCAAUCCUAGAGUUGUAUAUAUGGAUGAGCCUAGUACUGGAUUAGAUCCAGCAUCGAGAAAAAAACUAUGGAGUGUUGUGCAGCAGGCAAAAAAAGAUAGGGCGGUUAUUCUCACAACCCACUCCAUGGAGGAAGCUGAGGCUCUUUGUGAUCGUGUUGGAAUCUUUGUGGAUGGGUAUCUACAAUGUAUUGGAAGCCCACUUGAGUUAAAAGCUAGAUAUGGAGGUUAUUUUGUACUCACAGUGACCACCCCCUCCAAUGAAGAAGAAGAAGUUGAGAAAUUAGUGCAACAAAUAUCCUCAACAGCAAUUAGAGUAUAUCAUUUAUCAGGAACCCAAAAAUUUCAUUUACCUAAGCAAGGAGUCAGGCUGUCUGACAUAUUCAGAGAAGUAGAAGCAGCAAAAAGAAGGCUGAACAUACAGGCUUGGGGCUUGUCAGAUGCAACACUGGAAGAUGUCUUCAUAAAAGUUGCAAAAGCUGCAAAUUCUUUACAUGAUCAUAAUCUGGACAAGAAAUCUGAUUGAUAAGAGAGAGAGAGAGAGAGAGAGAGAGAGAGAGAGAGAGAGAGAUAUUAUGCUAUAUCAUGCUAAUUGAUAUCUAUAGAAUACUACUGAUGUUGCAAACCUCACCAUAAUGAAGAGUUUUCUUAGUAAUUUAUUAACAA